AUGAACCAGAUUCAGGCCAUCAAACGGAUCAACGAGCAGGAGUUGCAGUCGGGGAGCACAGCAAGCUGGCAUGACCAGUACAAGGACUCGGCCUACAUCAACGUCGGCGGGUUGCCCUACAACUUGACAGAGGGCGACGUGAUCACCAUCUUCUCGCAGUACGGCGAGAUCGUCGACAUCAACAUGCCGCGGGAUCCGCAGACGGGCAAGCCGCGAGGAUUCGCCUGGCUCAUGUACGCCGACCAGCGCUCGACGGUUCUUGCGGUCGACAACCUCAACGGAGCGCAGGUGCUUGGGCGAACGCUCAGGGUGGACCACGUCCUCAACUACAAACAGAUCGAGCGCGAUCAGGAAUCAGGCAAGAUGAAGGAGCGCGACGAGCAGAGUCUCGCCGCACACCCCGAAAAGUUCAUCGCCAAGCCCUCUGCCUCAGACGCUGAAGACAGCGAUUCCUCCCACCCUUCUAUCGACCCCGACGAUCCCAUGCGUGAUUAUCUCAUCUCGGAGAAGCGCAAGUCGAAGAAGCGACGAGCUGGGUCAGAGGGAGAGUCGAAGGAGGAGAAAAGGAGGCGGAAGGAGGAGAGGCGGAGGAUUCGCGAGGAGAGGGAGAGGAGGAAGGAAGGGCGCAGGGCGAUCGAGGGCGACUCGUCGAGCGGCAGGCGACGAGAGGACGACGGACGUCGAUUGGACGACCCACGCAGGCGGGAAGGCGACUGGGAAAGGGAGCGAGGUGGACAUGGCGACCGGCGACGGGACGAGCGCGACUUUGACGACCGGCGGCGAGAGUCGGACAGGCGACGAGGCGACUAUGACGACCGAAGAAGGCGCGACGACAGGGAUCGUGACUACCGGCGGCGAGAUGAGCGAGAGGAACGGGAGGACAGGCGAGGUGGAGGAGGGAAGGCGUCUGGCGGAGAUGCUUUCGCAGAUCUGGAGAAGUGGGUGCGCGGUUGA